CGCGUGAUUAAAUCAUUGCUUUCUGCUCGGCUUUGCAGCAUCAGGUUGAGUUUUGGGGGAUCGUAUAAUCCACUGCGUGCUGUCGUUUUGAAAGGGAGGUGCAAUCCGGGAUUUCACUACAGACCAGCGCUUCAAAACAACAACAACAACAGCAGCCAUGCACAACACGGAUAUAUUCGUGCUUCUGAGCCUCGUUUCAGCGUGCUUGCGGGUGUCUUGUGCAGAGAGACACAGCGUAUUUUGGAACAGCACCAACCCACUGUUCCUGUGGGAUGACUAUUCCGUGUCUGUGCGGCUCAAUGAUUAUCUGGACAUCAUCUGCCCCCACUAUGAGGAGGGGGCUGUUCCCUCCCACACGGCCGAGCGCUACAUCCUGUACAUGGUGGAGCUCCAGGACUACCUGACCUGCAAACCCCAGUCCAAGGAGCAGCUGCGCUGGGAGUGCGACCGGCCGCACGCCCCCCACGGACCGGAGAGAUUCUCCGAGAAGUUCCAGAGGUUCACCCCCUUCACCCUGGGCAAGGAGUUCAAAGAGGGGGAUACCUACUACUAUAUCUCUAAACCGAUUCAUCACCAUGGAGACCAGUGCUUGAGGCUCAAAGUCAAUGUGAUCGGACCCACUGCUGCCCAACAGCCCAGGAUUGGAGUCGUGCACACUACCAAAGCUAAACUACCAGCAGAUGACCCAGCAGUCAGUCUCCCAGAUGUUCUGAAGAGCGUUGCAAACCAUUGUAAUCUUCCCCUAGCCUCCAUCUCCUUCCUGCUGACGCUACUGCCCUCCCUAGCCCUGCUGCUGCUGCUCUAGGACUACAGCUCCCCAGGACUACAAGUACGGUGGCCAUCGAGGCCCACACCCUCGCGUAUAGAGACACUGCAACUGCCAUUAACCUCCCAGUGCUGGACACUGUAAGAGAAGGAAAUGGACCUUUUGGAAGAUGAGGAUAUAGAGUGUGUGAAGGCUUGUCACAAAAUCCACCCGCAUUUCUGUCCAUGCUUGGACUGUUCCCUGCCUCUGUGACUCGCUUUUAGACUGCGUCCACAAUUGUUCAAGCAAACGCUUUUUAUUAAAUCCUUUUUUUUUUUUUCUCCUUUGCACUCGGAACCAAAGAUCGACAACGGCAGAACACAGCUGUUUGGAGGAAGGAUGCCAUGCUUAUUAAUAAUAUGAUUUAUUACAGAUUUCAAUAUUACAAUCGAACAAAAAAUUGAAGGAUUAAAGUCAAAGGUUUUGAAAUCCUGCAAACGGAGAUGAAUCUCAGUAGAGGAGAGAGAGAGAGGAAUGCAAGAAAUGAAUAAAAAGUUAACGGAGAAACCGCAGAAUAUGGAAUCUAAGAGACAGUCCUGACCUUUCCUCCCUAUUUCUGCUCAACACUGACCCCUGUCGGCCGAGCGUGGACUUGCAGGCAAAGGCACGCAAAGCACCAGGAAGUCUUUUUCGAGCAGAGACUCUGAGACUGGAAUGAGAUUGGAAUGAGAUUGAAAGGAGAUGCAUUUCGUUUCUCCUUUCUUUGUAUAAACAUGUAAAAAUGUGUAAAUAGCAGAUCAUGUGAUAAUUUAAUCUGGGGGGGGGGGGGGGGGGAAACACGUAUGUAGCAGUCUUGAAAUGGGUUCAAACAGAAUCCUGAUGUGGAUUAUUUACAAUGAAAUAAAAAACAAAAGGUACAAAUGUAUCAUCUCAUCACAGGAUUUUAUUGCUGUUAUCUGAGAUCGCAGUAACUAGUUAGGCUUGGUUAGAAACUCACACUAGCCCUGCUGCUGCUGCUGCUGCUGCACCCAGUCCUGGGGUUCAGAACUCCCAUCAGUGAAGUCUAUUAUUAUUAAUAUUGAAAUGAUCAGGAGCCAGGAGUUUGAGCAGGGUUAGAAACUCACACUAGCCCUGCUGCUGCUGCUGCUGCUGCUGCACCCAGUCCUGGGGUUCAGAGCUCCCCUCAAUGAAGUCUAUUAUUAUUAUUAAUAUUGAAAUGAUCAGGAGCCAGGAGUUUGAGCAGGGUUACAAACUCACACUAGCCCUGCUGCUGCUGCUGCACCCGGUCCUGGGGUUCACUCUUUUGAACUUGCUGUACCAAACUCCUUCAAUAAGCUUAAGUGUUCUGUACACAGAGACGGGAGAAAUGAAAGUCACAGAUUGAGGAAGUGGAGGUAGGAGCCAGCUGUAAAACAAAAAAUAAAACAAACAGAUUUUGGUUAUAAAUGUAACUGUCGGUUUCCAUUUAAUUUGUUUUAAGGAUUUAAAUAAGUUUUAAACUUGUAGUAGCAAUGUUUAUUAAUAAUAAUAAUAAUAAUUAAUGAUAUUGUUUGCAAUGCUAUUUGUCAAUUAUAAUUGGUUCCAGUUAUGCUGCAGUAAUUAUAAUCUUACUAAAGUAACAAACGACUACACAAACACGUUUCUGUGUUUGUUCUGAAGCCACAGUGUUCUCUCCGAGCUGUCUAAACAGGUGCCUGUUUCAGAGUUCUCGUUGCUCCCCUUCCCAGAUAAAGGGGCACAAAUCUGAAAAUACGACUGUGUAAAAGAUGUAAAGUAAUCUGUAUAUUUUGUACAUAAUUGUUUGUAAACUAAAGUGAGAAUUUUUAUACUUUGUCAUUCAAUAAAUGCAAAAUUUUAAUGAAA